AUGGAAGGCCGGAUCGAAACGGAACAAGGUGAUCCAGACCAGAGCAUCGCCGGCCGACACGACGCUCAACCAACAACUUCACCCGCCAUGGAAAUGUCAACUGCACCGACAGGCGAUAAUCCCGGAUGCAGCCGGAUAUGCAGCAUGCCUGAGCCAGUGCACACGGCGCCAGCGUCGCCCACCAAACCGCCCAACAUGAAGCGGAGGAGUACUCCGAUCGCGGGACGAAAGCCGGGGAAGCUCAGUGCCGAGUUCGACAGGAGGUACGACGGCCCAUUCGGCCGGCCCAGCCUGACCAUGGUCAGGGGGAGGAGCCUGUCGCUGGCCCGCGGCCGAUCGCCAGUCCGACCCACGCUCGCAGAGCUGUCCGACCUGGAGAAGGCCGAGGCCAGCAGCGGCGGCAGCGGCGGCACCGAGACCGGCGUUCCCGGACGCGCCACCGCCAUCGCCGGAAGGCCGGGCUUCACGCCGGAGCCACCAUCACUGAACUACACGCUGCGGACGCGGAAGCUGACAAUCCUGAUCUUCUGGACCGUCAUCAUCAUCGACUCGGUCUUCAUGCCCAUCGGACUAUACUUCGGGCUCUGGUAUGGCGUCGGCCCAGGGACGAACACGCCCACCGAGAUCAGGGAGAAGCUGUCCGCCAACGCCGUCUUCUCCAUCGUCACCGCCGCCAUAGGGGGCGCCAGCAUUGUCGAGUACUUUGUGCGGUUUCGGCGGCUGUUCAAGAAAGGCAGCACGUGCCGCGUCAUUGGUGCCCAUCGCUGGUAUCUCGAUUGGUUCCACUGGAACUUCUCGCUGGCCUGGAUCAUCGUUAUGAUCGAGCUGAUCGUUGGCACCGUCCCGAGGAACCCGCCGAUCCGCCUACUCUCGAUGCCCCUGACCUCGAUGCUGUUCGUCUUCGGCACCGAGCUCCUCCUCGUCGACACCCUCCGCUACUUCCAAGUCCCGGCCCCGGCCCGGAUGUCAUCCAUACCGAAGGGGGCGCAGCUGCGGCCGGGCAUCUACACCCUGAUCGAGGACGUAGUCGCCGUCGACGGCUCCGGGGGCACGCCCUUCCGCGAGGCGCUCAACCGGCGCUACGAGUCCAGCCACAUCUUCCGCGCCAUGCUACGGCGGCUCGGCAUCUUCUGGGCUGUCGGCGCCGAGGCCAUGGCGGUCGUCUGUACUAUACUCAUCUUCACCAUCAACGCCAAUGCCGCAUACACGAUCGGCUGGUCCGCCCCAUUCGGGUGGGCCGGCGUGUGGACCAUCUUCACCUUCUGGUAUGUCAAGAGGGAGCUGAGGAGGGAAGAGAAGGAAUGGACCGAGGAGGCGGCCACGGCUAAGAGUCCCGCGCGUGCCAAGGCUUGGUACCAGAGGGCUUCAUGA